CUGGACCCGCAUGCUACACUACAUGUACCUGCCAUCUCAUAUGUAUUAACUGCCAUAUACAUAUUAACUUUAGAUUAGGUAGUUAGAGGUACAUCGCAUUAUGUCACUCCUUUUUUGUCGAAGAUGAAACUUAGGUACAUGUAUAUAACCAAACUACCACGAGGAAGUCUUCGAGUUACGAACGAGACCCGCCCAUCUCUCAAGAAGCAUGAAUUUGACAAAAAUGAAAUUCGGCAUAAGUCUAGUCAUCGCCCGACGUCUUUCACCAUGAGUUCAGACCUACCAGUACAAAUCCGCGCCAGCUUACAGAGUCAGGGGCUGCCAACUCCGUCCUUAACUUGGAUCCAGAGUGCUAUGCCAAACCGGAACCCGCUGCCUCCUUUACCCGCUUUGAUAGCUACCGUGAAAACGCGUCUGCUAGCAGCCGACCUGACGAGUCCGGGUCUCUGGGAGUCGCCGUCGCCAGCGUUUCCACCCAACUUGGGUAACCCGGAGGUCAAAGAGACUAAACUCUCCCGAGACGUCCCCGUGCAAGUCUUGGAUAUUGACAAUCUGUCCAAAAGCAAGUGGGAUCAAGUAGAGGAGCUGGAGGCCAUCGCGCGCGGGGAACAAACGAGAGGCCGGGAAAUCAUCCGCCUGCCCACCGGGAACGAGGAAGACGAAGAGGACGGCGCAGUCAGCCAAAAUGCGUUGGCAGCCACGGGUAGGAACGCGGCUGUCAACGCUAACGUGGCAAAUGCCGCGGCCGCCGCGAGGAACGCGACGCAUAGGCUCGUGAUACAGGACUGCAAGGGCCAGAAGGUGCACGGGCUGGAACUAAAGCGCAUCGAUCGCAUCGGCAUCAGCUCGCUUAACAUCGGCGAGAAGAUGAUUCUGAAACGAGGCACGACCGUCGCGCGUGGUAUCGUCCUUCUAGAGCCGGCGACUUGCGUCGUACUAGGCGGGAAGAUCGAGGCGUGGCAUAGAGCCUGGGUAGACGGGCGGUUGACGAGGUUGAGGGAGGCGGUGGGUGCUGACGUUCGCAGUUAGGUCGCUUUUGGGGACUGUUAUAAAAAGAAGGAGAAGUUAACGAGGGUGACGAUAGAGGUCAUACUUAGUUUGGUCAACUUAGUCCAUAGUGUAUAUAGAUUUAUCUACAUAGCUGUAAUUAGUCCAGUUGAAAAAUGGCAUUAUAGUAUUGUGAGUGUGGAAUCAAUAUAAUAUAUAAGAACAGCUUUAUAAUAUUUCAGGUAGUCAUAUCAUAGGUAGACUAUCAGUUCUCUAUAAUGGCUGAUUUAUUUCUAACAACCUCCUAGAUAGACUAGUAUCAAUACCACUGUUCCGAUAUCGUAUUACGUGGUAUAAAUCGAAAAUAGGCUCUUCACG